AUUAAUUUCUUAUUUCUCAAAAUAGCCCUGGAAUAAUCUCUUUGCUGUCAAUUAUACCGCUUGGUUUUAGCAAAAAAGACUGGGCAAAAUGUCAUCACCUGUUAAACUCAUCAUCUUCAUUGGUAAAAAGCCAUCGGCAAUCAUUAAUGCAGUACAAAGAAGGAAGCUUCCCUACGAGAAAGACACAGCUGUUAUUAACAUGUCUUGAUCAGGUUUUUGAACUUCUAGUUUAUUCAAUGCUUCGAUUCCUCAACCUUUGCUCUCUUCCACAGUUUCCGAUUUCUUCAAAUGCCUCUCUCAGUGAAGUUGAGAUGAGCUACUGGUAGCUCAUCCCAUGGUAGAUGAAGCUGCUUGUGACCCUUCUAUGAUUUGGAAGGGAUCUGGAUCUGGAGAUAUUUGCCUGCUAUCCGGCUAGAUUGAAUCAUAAUGUCAGCUUAUGGCCAUCAAAUGGAGCGGGAGUUCUCCGCUCAGAGUCUCUUAAGUAGGGGAGAUACUGGAACAGAGAUGGGAAGCCGCCAUCUGGUUGAAUCGGGAUUCUACAUGACAUCUUUUGCUGGAACAAUCUUCAUUGCUGGUCUUGCAACUGUUGGGGUUCUAUUAGUAACUUUGCUGGUCACAUUUGCGGUGAUGCUGCAGUCCUGUGAAAGUAGGUGCAAGGGGGUUGUGGAGAUUGAGAAAUCAAGUGAUAGUUACCAUUAUUGCAACAUUUUUUCUCUGCAUGGGGAGCUCAACGGCUUGGAAGCAAAUGAGGUUCCUCCAGUCUGCAGGAGUUUUGCCAUUCAAUAUAUCAAAGGAGGACAAUACGCACGAGAUUUCAAUUUCACAAUGUUGAUGAUUGAAAGUUUUCUCAACACGGUUUCACCAUCACAUGAUCGUCUGGAUGUGGUGUUGAUGGACAUAGAUGACAUCCUUGCUUCAGAUCCUCAGUACACCAAUCAAUUAAUGCACCAGUUCAACCAAAUUGGCUGUUGCGAAUCUAGUGAUGCAGCCUGUCUGAAGCACCUGCAUACUCGGGAAUUAUAUAGGAAACUUCAGUCCAGAGAAUGGCCGUUGGUUCUGCUAUCAAGGAAGCCUGAGAGACAGCGAAAUGUUACCAUUGAACACCUUACUUCUUUAGGAUAUGCUGGUUGGUCUUCUUUGAUUAUGAGGUUGGAUAGCGAAAUGGAAAUGGAUAGCCGAGAAUACUUUUCCAUACGAAGAGCGGCAAUGGAAAAAGAAGGUACUCGGAUACUUGGUGUGAUUAGCACCCAAAUGGAUGCUUUAACAGGAUCAUCUAUGGGAAGACGUGUUUUUAAGCUUCCAAACCCUCUAUUUUACAAUUUUGAAAACCAAGUUGUAAACAGGAGACAUUCACAUUAGAUCUUGUGUCCCAUUCUGUUGUUUCUUUGCAUGGUGUUUUUCCAAAUUUCUACUGCAUCCUGGAACCUGCGGUUACGCUGAA